UUAGCUCGGCUCUCCCACUUAUCUCUUCACCUUUGUUUCUCUCUUGUACCCGUUGCAGGUAUCUGGUCAUUGUGCAUCCGCUGAAACCUCGUAUGAAGUUUCAGACGGCCUACUGUGUUCUGAUUGCUGUGUGGUUAGUCUCCCUGUUCAUCUCCAUCCCCUCAGCAUACUUUACAACGGAAACGACGUUCGAUGCUUUCGUGGGGAGCAACGGGAAAAUAUUCUGCGGGCAGAUCUGGCCAGCAGACAAGGAACUCUUCUACAAAUCCUAUUUCUUGUUCCUCUUCAUCCUGGAAUUUGUUGCGCCCGUGUUGACUAUGUCCCUCUGCUAUGUGCAGAUCUGCAGGGAGCUGUGGUUCAAAAGCAUGCCAGGCGUGCAAACCAACCAAAUCAAGAAGCGGCUUCGAGCACGGAGGAAAACGGUCCUGGUCCUUAUGGGUAUAUUGACCGCCUACAUCCUCUGCUGGGCUCCAUAUUACGGAUACACCAUCGUCCGAGAUUUCUUCCCAAACAUGCUCCUGAGAGAAAAGCACUCCAUCACGGUGUACUACAUUGUAGAGUGCAUCGCAAUGAGCAACAGCAUGAUAAACACGCUCUUCUUCGUUACGGUGAAAAACAACACUUGCAAGUAUGUGAGGAAGAUCCUCCUUCAGCGCUGGAGGGCUGCCUACAUGCCUGACAAAAGCACUGCCAUGCAAGAGUGCCAGACCUCAGUGCUGCCAGUGUCUGACGAACUACCUCAGCAGCAAUAGCCAAUGAGCACUGCAGGUUGAGGUAACACCUGCCAUGUGGGUAGAUAUUCUGGCAAGGCAAUGUUAAACAAAGCGAUUCUACUGAUGUACAGAUGUGACAACCAGCCUGGUUAGAAGUGUUGAUGAUGUGGGUGGCGUUGUCUCAACAGUGAAACAAGGCAAAAUAUUGAUUUCCCUUAGACAGUUGCUGUGAAGUUAUCUGGUGGCCACAUGGGAAGCAAAGAUGAUAGUUAAGGUACUCAAGGAGUUGCGCUAAGCGUGCAGGGAGCUAUGUUGGUUUUUAGGUCCCAAUUCUAAAGGAGAUGCAGAGUUUACAAAAUGUCCUCAAGAUUCCUAGCCUCCUCCAUCCUACAUACUAAAAAGUCAACUCAAACUCAGCAGAUAUCCCAUUGCUAAGGCCCGGUAUAACCUGGUUCCCUUUGCUACUCUGCAUUGUUAAUGGGCUUCACAAAUGUUUUUCCCAAGACCAAGAACAACUGUUGACAUCAGUGGAGCAAGAUUCCUUGCUGACUCAGAACCAAUUCACAUACUGAACUUCACCAAUGCUUUGCCUAUUUCGGACUAACCAAAUAGAGAGACUUGUGGUAAGCUGUGACAAGAGCCAAUCAGAAAAGCUCUCAAAUUGGUGGAUGGCUCUGUGCGGGACACAUGCUGCAAUUUUAUCUCAGACAGGAGUUUCUGGGUGGAGAGAAGAAAUGAAGCAAAUCAGCAAAGACUCCUACCUAUCUAGUGAUCUACAUUGGAAAGUUGAGACACUGUCUUAUUGCCCUCAGCACCAAAGGGAAGAAAACGGCAAGGUGUGUGCAGGAUGGUGGGAACAAGAAUAUUUUCAAAAUGCAAAUUCUCUGUUGAUGACAUGUGUCUUCAGUGAUUGCAAUAGGCAACGCCCCGGUGCCAGGGCUGACACCAAAAGCUCCCACGAUUUAGCUAACACUUGCUCUCAAGGAAACAGUAGAUGGUCUGGUACUGGAUUGACACCUCAUGUUGAAAGGCUUCAGUGCUUACAACUUUUGGGGUGCUGCUCUAGAUACGAUUACAAGCAAGACCAUGCCUCCACAACGGGAAUUCGACAGAGACUAGAUCUUCCUAAGCAGGUUUACUGGUCUCGGUGGUUUCAGAAUCUGUCCAGGUGGACAGGAUGCUUCAUAUGGAUCCUGCCAAACUGGGCUGUGGCAUUCCAUGAGUAACAUUUCAUUGCAGAUUUCCUUCGCUAAAACCGAUUUACUGCAUUAUACAUCUCAUACCAGAUCCGGCUACAUGCAAUCCCAAAAACUUUGUGUGCCUUGUGUCAACAUUUCCUUACAUGAUUGUCCUGGAGCAGCGAUUGGGGGAUGGGUCGUGAGGGUGGACUGGACAAUCUGCUACAAUGAAAGAAAGACUAUAAUUUAUAGAAGAAGAACCCCAGGACUUUCAGAAACAUCUCUGAAAUAUUCACGUUGGAGAUAUUAUGCUCGACUCUGGACAUACAGCAUGGAAACAGACCCUUCGGUCCAACUCAUCCAUACCGGCCAAGUUUCUCAAACUAAACUAGUCCCAUUUGUAGAUUUAGCUCAGUUUGAGCCAGAACUGAAGAGGGAAAAACAGAGAAACUGGAAAACAUUGUUUGUAAAUGGGAAUGAAUACUGGUGUCGAAAAUUCCUUGUAAAUAGCUUGCAAACGCAUCACAGACCAUUCCCGUUUCUGGUGUCACCCAAAUUCAGAUAGCAUCCACUUGUUAAAAACUGAAUCCGAAAAGAGAGACAUCAAAGUUCUUACACUCUGGUUCUGCAUAAAAUCGGCUGAUUCUUGUCUAGUGGUGCACUGUAUUAUGUCAAUGGUUCUUCAGUCAACUGUAGACACCCUCUGUAAUUGUUUCUUGUCCCUGCAACAUCAAUAGUGUUGAAUAAUAUUAAUGGAAGGAAAAGGUUUUGCUUCAUUUUGUGCAUGGUCUGUGUUUAACUUUAAGAGACUGAAUUUCACAAAGGUCUUUUUCUGUUCCCGUCACCACAUUUUUUUAGUCGCCUACACCCAAGAAGAGUCAGAGAGAGAGACAGGCCUUACAUCUCAACUGUCCUACACGAGCAAUCUCUCAAGCUUCCAAUCUAGGGUUCUCCAGAAACAAUUUUCUUACUGUGUGCUCAUACACAUGUACCAAUAGUGUUAUCCACAUUUAAAGCUAGUGGCAUCAAUGAAAUGUGUGACAAUGCUGUGGCUUUAAGCGUUGUGUUUUGUCCUAGUUUAUUUUUGAAGACAGGUUUUAAGGCAGAGGCACCGAGCUGGCUAGUGAAGUCUCAUAAACAGCUCGGGAGGCCUUGGUUUUUGAAAAAAAAGUUGGAACAAUAGAGGCAGCCUGGCUGGGUGUGGCCAGCUCUCACAGACCAGGAUUUCUAGUCUUUAGCUUUUAGGUUCGGCAGUUGUUAUUGGAGUCUUGAAGAAAUUGAGGCUAUUUUGUGCUCCCUCUCUCGAUUACAGCCAAAAGCUUGGGUUCUCUUUCCAGACUGCUGGAUUGCAUGCCAGACAAAAUCUGUUUUCUGAAUUUGCCUUUUACUAAAGGGUGUACUUAUGGGAUGUUACUAUAUUGGAACAGUUAAUUAGCAAUAGUUACUAUAGCUAUUAUUCUGUUACGUUUUCCAUUAGAGUUGUUAUUAU